UUCACCUACAUGUUGUUACCAGCUCAGGCAGCUCGGAGAUGAUUUCCCACGAGAAAUGUGGGCACUUUGAGAGCGCGCUGAGCCCCCUAGGGGCAGAGGGAGCUCGUGCACUCAGCUCUACUAACAGGGCUUAGGUUUCUAUUUGUGAAAACUUUCUGUACUGGGUUGGCAGUCUCUCCCCGCACCACCACGAUCUCGGGACUGUCCGUGGCACACCUGUGAUGGGAUACCAAGCCCUCGCUGCAAGAGGACAAAGUGACGAGUAGAUUGGACUAAUGCUGACCGUGAAGUCCUCUGAAUGAGCCGGGCUUUCCGUGGGGUCACCAGCUGAGGGAAAGACGCAGCUCUUGGCCCGGGGAAAAUUCUGUCAGAGCGAAGGAUAAACAUCCAAGAGGAAGCACUUCAUUUGAAUGGUGUUGAGAAGCAGAAAAGCUCUUCAGCCCCCUAGCUGACCAUGUGUUGAGUUCAAGGCCCUAAUCAAGUAGUACAACAACCAUCAGAGAACUGUUUUGAGUGGAUUCACAUCAGCCCCAAGCCUGGAAAGAUGGUGUCACAGUCUACGGGCCGGCAGGAUUCCCCUGUGAACCCCUGGAAAGGGAUCAGCGAUGACUUUGGCAAUAUUGAGGUUUCUUCCAGCCUCCUGGACACUGACCACCCCCCUUGCCAAUUAGACAUCAGGCUCACAAGGCACAAAGCUGCCUGGUUUAACACCCAGUGCGUGCAGCAACAGCUGCAGGAGUUGCCCCUGCAGGUGCCAACAGUGGGGGACAACAGGAACCACCUGGUGGCAGAUGCCGCCUCUCCCUUGGGCUUUUCACUGUCAUCACUUGGCAAUUCCCUGGCAGAGACAUCAUUGUCUGAGGAUACCGUGGACUCCAUUGGCAGCGCCUCUGCCCAUGGCUCAAGUAAAAAGACUUGCGACUUCUCUUUGACCUCAACAGAAAACCAGGUGCUGCUCUCAGGAUGCUCUCAUCAGGUGUCUCUGCCUACAGGCUGUAAGAGUUCUGCCACUUCUCCACAUCCUGAGGUUGACAGUGCUUUUUUCAAGCCUUCCCACCUGACAGCAUCUGCUGAUAAAGGUUCUGUUCAAGUCAAUAGAAGAGCCACUUCUUUGAACAACUUCUCACCAGAGGCAUUCGUGCUGCCUGUCGAUGUAGAAAAGGAAAAUGCCCACUUCUAUGUGGCAGAUAUGAUUAUAGGGGCAAUGGAGAAAAUGAAGUGUGACAUCCUGAGCCAACAGCAUGCAGAGAGCUGGAGGAAGGAAGAAGCCAGCGGGUCACUUGGGACUGAUCAAACUGACUCUGAAGUGACCUUUUAUACCAACAUAAAGCAAGAACCUGGGUCUUCCACUUCUUCCGACAGUGGCUAUGAUGGUUGUGCUGUGUUGCAGGUCUGCCCGGUGGCUGAAACACCUGCUUGCUAUGAUGUGAUGAGAGAGGCCUGCAAAUGUGACUUUGAUGAAUUUGUUAUUUUAGAACCUGGAGAGUUUAACAAUAUCACAGAAACCUGUGGAUGUUCCUGCAGCUCCUCUAAGAGUGUCACUUACAAGCCAGACUUCAAUUCCGCUGAGCUAUUAGCCAAAGAGUUGUACCGAGUAUUCCGGAAAUGCUGGAUGUUGUCAGUAGUUGAUUAUCAGCUGGCGGGUUCUCUGAAUGCAGCUGGCUCAGUAGUUGUAGAUGAAGAACGUGUCCGAAGAGACUUUGAGUCUAGCAUGGACGUAGUACAGGAAAUUAAAUUUAAGUCUAGGAUCAGAGGAACUGAAGACUGGGCGCCCCCUAGAUUUCAAAUCAUAUUUGACGUUCAUCCACCACUCAAGAGAGAGAUCGUGGUGGCAGCCCAGAAUUUUUUCUGCGCUGGCUGUGGAACUCCAGUAGAGCCUAAGUUUGUGAAGCGGCUCCGGUACUGCGAGUACCUGGGGAAGUACUUCUGCGACUGCUGCCACUCGUACGCCGAGUCCUGCGUCCCUGCGCGGAUCCUGAUGAUGUGGGACUUCAGGAAGUACUACGUCAGCAACUUCUCCAAGCAGCUGCUGGACGGCAUAUGGCACCAGCCUAUUUUCAACUUGCUGAGCAUCAGCCAAAGCCUCUAUGCGAAAGCCAAGGAGCUGGCCAGAGUGAAGGAAGUCCAGGAGCAGCUUUUUCAUAUCAAGAAGCUGUUGAAGACCUGCAGGUUUGCUGACAGUGCAUUAAAGGAGUUUGAGCAGGUGCCGAGACACUUGACUGAUGAUCUCCACCUGUUCUCCCUGGAGGACCUGGUCAGGAUCAAGAAAGGGCUGCUCAUGCCCUCGCUCAAGGACAUUCUGAAAGCUUCCCUCGCACACGUGGCUGGCUGUGAGCUGUGUCAAGGAAAGGGCUUUAUUUGUGAAUUUUGCCGGAGUACAACCGUCAUCUUCCCGUUUCAGACCACAAUAUGUAGAAGAUGUUCAGCGUGCAGAGCUUGCUUUCACAGACAGUGCUUCCUGUCCUCCGAGUGCCCCCGGUGUGCGAGGAUCACAGCUAGGAGAAGGCUUUUGGAAAAUUUACCCUCUGCAGCAACGUGAUGCCCCUGAGUAUCAUGAAAAAGACUGUUCAACAUGCCUUAUGAUAACACGAAUUUGUGCCUAUUAUUAGUAACAUUGUUUUAGAUAUC